AUGAAGUUUCUUGUAUUCAUCCUCAUAAGCUGUAUCCAAUGCCAUUUGAUUAUACCAUUCUCUGAUGUAGCUCAUGAUACUUCUACACAAGCUAGCAAAGCUGAAAGAGUGUUUGUUCCUCAUCCACUCAACGAUUCGCUAGGGCAUAAUGUCACAAAAGCCUUCUGGGACAGAUAUCGCCAAACUUCAUUCAUUAUGAUGCAAAUUUUGUCCUUCCAUCAGUUGUUCUAUUCCUUCGAUGGCACUUUGACAGCAGCAGCUGCUAGUACUCUGCUACAAAACAUUCAUUUCGAGAAAUUUCAAUAUAUGAAUUACACACAAGCGGAGAUCAAAGGUUGUGUCUACGAAUCAUUCUACCUCUUACCUCCUAAUAUCCAAAGAAAAAUUAUCAGAUUUUUGAAGUCUGUUAGGGAUAAGUACGUGAACAACCUGAAAGAACCAAGAAUUGCUGCCAAAGCUAAGAAAGUAUUGAAAGCAUUCAGAACAGGAGAAAUAUUUACUUAUAAUGACUCGCUGUUAUCGUUAUCUGUGAAAAAUAUGUCUGCUAACGAAGAAUGGGAAGCCUCUGUGUUUGAUCCAGUUCGAUUAGUCUACUUGGAGUACUCUACAAUUGCGGAAACAAAUGGUAAAAUGGUUAUCGAUCCCCUACCGUACAUCAGAAGAUUUGAGACUUUUCACAACACAAUAGUCCCCGAUGAAAGAUACCAGAAAACUAAUGAAUCAGGUACUGAAGUAGAAGGUUCAGGAACUGCGGAACCGGAAGUAAACGGAACAGAAUAUACUUUCCAUCCACGUUCUUUCUCAACAGCUUCAACAUUGAGACACUCUACAGUAGAGCCCUCCCAAGCACACUCACACCAAACGCAAUAUUCGACCCAAACUACAUCUUUUGGUCCUAUCGCUCAGACUGCACAAACUUUCCAGAUUAAUACUCAAACUGAUCAAGUCGCACAUUCUCACUCAACAGUACAUACUGUUCAAAAUGCAACAACUUUAAUCGCUGACCCUUCUUCUCAAACAACAAAAGCGGAAGGAACUGAGCAGCCUACCACGACUGCGAGUGUCCCAGUUUAUCAGGAUAUAUUUUCUUUUAGUUUCCUCCAACAUAAAUCAGAUAACAACCUGACAGCUCAUAAUAAUAUCAGCGUACCAGAGUCUACUCCCUCUGACAGAUUUACAUUCAUGAGUGAUAGAACUACAGUUGGAGUAGCUAAUGCUACAGAGAGUACUCCAGUUGGGAUAGGCAAUGUGACGGAAAGUACUAAAGUUGGAACAGACAAUGCCACAGAGAGUACUCCAGUUGUGAUAGGCAAUGUGACUGAAAGUACUAAAGUUGGAACAGACAAUGCUACUGGAAGUACCACAGUUGGAAUAGUGAAUGCCACAGGAAUGACUACAGCUGGAGCAGUUAACGUUACCGAAAGUACUACAGUUGGAGAAGGAAACGUUACCGGAAGUAGACAAUCUGACUUGGCAAUAUGCCCUGAAGGAAUCCCUAUACUAUCAGAGAUGUCUAAAAUGUUUUUUAGUUCGGAAUAA